GCACCGCCAGCCGGGAGCGCAGCGCCAGCGGCGCCGCCAUCUUUCCGCCUCUUCUGCCGGGCCCGCCCCUUCCGCCCCAUCUCCCGGGAGUGGCCGCCAUGGAGGCGGUGCCGCCGCUCUUCGCCUUCGGUGUCAUCGCGGACAUCCAGUAUGCCGACGCGGAGGACGGCUACAACUUCGGCGGGUACCGGCGGCGGUAUUACCGGCAGAGUCUCAAGCUACUACAGGACGCUGUGGAAUCGUGGGCUGCAGAGAGGCCACCGCUCGCCUUCGUGCUGCAGCUGGGUGACAGCAUCGAUGGCCUCAACGCCCGGAACGGGGAGGCUGAGAGCGCCUUGGAGCAGGUACUGGCAGUGCUGGGGCGGCUGCCGGUGCCGGUGCAUCAUACAUGGGGCAACCACGAGUUCUAUAACUUCAGCCGGGCUCGCCUGGUGCGCAGCGGCCUCAACAGCCGUCCUGCCGGGGCCAUGGCCGGUUUCCCGCCCGGGGACUGCCAGGCCUAUGACUUCAGCCCGGCCGCGCAGUUCCGCGUCGUCGUGCUCGAUGCCUACGACCUGAGCGUCCUGGGCAGGGAGCCGGACAGCCCCCGCUACCAGGAGUCCCUGCGGCUGCUGCGAGAGAAGAACCCCAACGACAACCUCAACAGCCCCACAGGACUCAAAGAACCUCAGUUUGUAGAAUUUAAUGGAGGAUUUAGCCAAGCCCAGCUGGACUGGUUCAAUGAAGUCCUCAAGUUCUGUGAUGAAAACCAAGAAAAAGUUAUAGUUAUGGGUCAUCUGCCAGUUCAUCCAGAUGCUUCAGACAGCAUUUGCCUAGCCUGGAAUUACAAAGAUGCCCUUUCAGUCAUACACUCCCAUCAGUGCGUGAUCUGCUUCCUUGCAGGGCACCUGCAUGAUGGUGGCUAUUGUUUAGACUCUCACGGAGUUCAUCAUCUGACUUUGGAGGGGAUUAUUGAAACUCCACCAGAAAGCAAUGCCUUUGGAACUAUUUAUGUCUAUGAAGAUAAAAUGAUACUAAAAGGAAGGGGCAGAGUUCCAGACAGAGUUAUGCAUUUCUGAAAAUUGUCUGCAAAUACAAAUUGCUUUUCUUCACAAAGUACUUGACA